GCCUGGCGUUGGAGUCCUGUGUUCUGUGAUGAACUUCAGAAGCUUUAAGUUUCGGAACGACUGUCAAAAGCGCUUUAGGCUUUAGCUGCUGUGCCACCAUUCCACACCUCAACAAGUGACAGCGAUCUCAGAGCAAUCCCCCGGGCAGGGCAGAUAAUGCCGGGGAGAGCUCUCAAGAUGGAGACGGCGCCGAACUCUGCAAGCAAGAUUCAUGAGGACGCGUUGUUCUUUGACAAGCUGGUGGAGCUGGUGCCAGCCAAGUUCUACUUUGAGAACGAAGAUGAAGCACUGAACUGGAAAUACAUGCACAACAAGAACAAAACGCCGGAGGCCAAGCUUGCUGCCAAGGAGGGGGUCAAGAAAGCAAAGAGAGCAAAGCUGGACCCAAGUAAUUACAAGAGCAAUCUCGAGAUUCAGAAGGAAAGGGCGCAGCAGGAUGCCGCAGCCAGGGGGACCGACGCCGUUGCCCCCCUUCCUGAAACGAACGCCGGUCCCGAGGCUCCUGUCGCGUUUCAGAACGGGGUUCUCACGGGUUCGGGCGAAUCAGGGGGGGGUGCGGCGACGCAUUCCGAGUUGAAGCAGAGGUUGCAUGAGCGGAUUGAAACGCUGAAAGCGAGACGGGAAAUGGAGGAGGAACGGAAAGAGAGGAAGAAAGGGGAGAAGGAGAAGAAGCGGAAACGGGACGAGGGGGGGGCGGAGAAGAAAGUUGCGGGGGUGAAAGGAGAGGACAGCGAGGCUGCGAUCGGGAAGGGGCCUGCGAAGCUUGACGGUGAUCAGAAGAAGAACGAUAAGAAGCGGAAAGCUGGGGGGAAGGGUGAAGGAAAGGUAGCUGAAACGAAAGGACAGCGGAAGGAGAACGAGGGCGUGAAAUCGGAGGUUGGAGCGGAAAAAGGGAGUAAAAUACCGAAGGUGGAGCCAGAUGCGGGCGUUGCCAGGCCAACGAAAAAGGCAAAACCAUCCAAGGAGGUUGCCACCCCUUCAAUCCAGUUCAACAAGCUCGAGAUAGGAGACGACAAAGGAGACAGGAAAGGGAAGAAGGCCAAGGGCAAGCGAGAACAGAAGAAGGACCUACUGAAGAAGGCCACCGUUCUGCAGACUGAGCUGAAAGAGAAGGCGGGCACUAAGGAGGGCCAGGAGAAGCUAGCAAAGCACGCCUGGACUUCGUCGCUGAAGAGAGCUUCGGGAGAGAAGGUUCUUGACGACCCGAAGCUGCUGAAAAAGUCGAUCAAGUCGGAGGAGAAGAAGCGGGAGCACAGCCAAAAGAAGUGGAAGAGCCGGAAGGCGGAAGACCGGAAGGCCGUGGAGGCGAAGCAAGAGAAGCGGAACACGAAUCUGAAGCAGCGGGCGGACGCCAAAAAGGAGCGAAAGAUACAAAAGAGAGAAAAGAAGCUGAUGAAUCCAGGCCGGAAGAAGAGUGUGUGAGGCGCUACAGAUAUCGACGGAUACUGGCACCUCUCAUUUUCACCAUAAGUGGAGCAGCACACGAGAAGGAAAUUGUCGAGGGCUCUACAAAAGAACCAUAUUCGGUUAGCUGGAUCUGCCACCCAAUUCGAUAUUGCGGUGCGAGCAAGUUUAAUUAGAUCGUAUGCAGACUUCAUCCGUGCAACCACUGACUCGCGGUGAGAAUUAACCUACUGUAAUCUGGUAGGCUCGAUAAGGAGUCGGAAGCCGGCCAUGCGUGAUGCAUCCGCGCGCGCGCGCGCCGCAACACUGAACUGUAACUAGUACUACGUGGUAGUUACUGACUUAUACCCGAGCACUGUAUGCAUUUCGCCGCGGGACUCAACGUUGAACGCUC